AUGCCCCAGCGGGUGCCCCCGGCCUGGCACUCGGACAUGCAGCUGCCCGGGAAGCUGCUCCUGUCGGCGGCCGCGCUGCUGCUCCUGUCCCUGGCCUUCAGGUUUUAUAGGAACCGCUCGCCUCCCCCGGGAAAAAUCCCGCCGGGAGAGCAGCGAGAAAACCGGGAUGGGGAUGGGGAUGGGGCCCUGAGGAAGAGGAGCAGGAGGGAUGGGUGGGACAAGUCUGGGAAUGGCCCCGGGAUGCGGCACGCGGCUCUCGGCGGGGAGCAGAGCUUUCCAAGGAAUGAGGAGGAGGAAGGAGAGGAGGUGGAUUCGGAGCUGAUUCCCAGGAAAGCUCCGCUCGGUCCGGCCAGGAUGGAAAGGGAGUUGGGAAGGAAACUGGGAUGGAAGUUGGGAAUUAAAUCAGAAGGUGAGGCGGGGGUUGAGCUGGGGAGUGAUCCCGGGAGCAGGACGGGAAGCGAGCUGGGAAAAGAGCCGGGAAGCAGGCUGGGAAUCAAGCCGGGAAACAAUCCAGGAAGAAAGCCAGGAAGUGAGCCAGGAAGCAAAUUGAUAACGAAGCCAGGAAAUGAGUCGGGAAGUGAGCAGACAAGAGAGCUGGGACACAAGCUGGGAAAUAAACUGGGAAUUGAGUCAGGAAUCGAGCUGGGAAAUGAACCGGGAAGCAAGCUGGAUAGUAAGGCAGGAAUUGAAGUGGGAACUGAGCUGGGAAGUGAACCGGGAAACAAGCUGGGAAUGGAGGUGGGAAGUGAGCCGGGGAUGUCGUUGGGAAGCGAUCUGGGCUCUCACGACCCCGGGGCCGUGGCCGGAGGCCGGGACAGCCCCGCAGGGAAGGACGCAUCUGCCCCGAGCUCCCGGCGUUCCCCAGGGAUUCCCGACGCUCGGACAGAGGGGGAUGGAUGCGCCCAGAGCACGGAGCAGGAUCCGGCUGGAGCAGGGAGGAGCAGAGAGAACAGCACGGGGACAGUCCGGACCCUCAGCGUCACCUCCAGCCUGGGACUGCUGCUGACGGCGAGCGAGGCGGGCUCGGACACCUCCUACUGCUUCUCCUCCGUGGCCAAGAUCCAGGUGGAGGAGAACUUCAUCCCGGAGCGCCGGGACAAGGACAGGGACAGCUCGCCCAGGCCUGGCCUGCGGGGCAAAGUCUACGACUACUUCGUGCAGUCCACCUCCGAGUCGGUGUCCAGGCGGACGUCCCUGCCCUUCGUCCCUGCGGGGACAUCUCAGUGUCACGGGGAGCAGGGCCAGGCAGAGCCGUGGAGCCCCGGAACCCAGGGGGAGAAUCCAGCUUUGGAAACUCCUGAUCCCGACCCCUCCUCAGCUCCACAGGAGGGCACGGAGAGCCCCCCCGAGCCACCUUCUCCCGACAGGAAGAGCAGCACCCCGGGGAUCUCCCCCCAGCUCCCGCUGCCCGGUGGGGUUCCAGCUGCGGGUCCUGAGCCGUGCCAGGUGUCACCGCCCGGCCAGGUGCACCUGGGGAACUGCUCCGAGGUUCUGCGCGCGGCCAAGGCGCAGCAGCUGCGGGCCCUGCAGGACGCCGCGCUCCAGGUGAUGAGCGACCACCUCCUGCAGGUGCUGCGCUCCCCGGCCAUCUACGGCCGCCUCAACGCCGGCGAGCGGGAGCUGCUCCCGGCGCUCCGGAGCCGCGGGCGGCCGCGCCUGGUGGUGGCCGAUGUCCCCCCGGCCGAGCCCGGCCACCGCCGCGGCCGCCUCUGCUACUACGACGAGGACGGGGACCGCUGGUGCCAGCUGUGCCAGCUGCCGGCCGAGGUGGCCGGGCGGGGCUGUGCCGUGUGCUCCAUGUUCAAUUACCUGUUCGUGGUGCCCGGCUGGGAGGGCGCGGGCCCGGAGCGGAGCCCCUCGCGCCGCGUGCUCUGCUACGACCCCCUGGGCGACAGCUGGCGCGACAUCUGUCCCCUGCGCCAGGCGCGGCCACAUUGCCAGCUGGUGGCCCUGGACGGCCACCUCUACGCCAUCGGGGGCGAGUGCUUGGCCACCAUGGAGCGCUACGACCCCCGGCGCGACCGCUGGGCCUUCGCCGCCGCCCUGCCCCGGGACACCUUCGCCGUGGCCCACGCGGCCACCGCUUGCGACGGGGACAUUUACGUCACCGGGGGCACCCUGCGCUCGCUGCUGCUGCGCUACGACACCCGCGGGGACAGCUGGGCCGCCAGCCCGGCCGUCGGCGACAAGGACAGGACGGCCGAGCUGGUGAGCGCCCACGGGUUCCUGUACCGCUUCCAGCUGCGGCGCGGCGUGGGCGGCACCGAGGUGGCCGUGUCGCGGUGCAGCGCCAGCGCCAGGCUGUGGUACCGCUGUGGCAGCCACCCCCUGCCCGAGCCGGCCGGGCUGCGCUGCGCCGCCCUGGGCGGCCUCGUCCACUGCCUGGGCCGCGGCUUCCAUCUCCGCUUCCUGGCCGACCCCGUCUCGCCGCGCUUCGGGGCCAAGGAGCUGCGGCCCUUCCCGGCGCCCCACGGGAGCCUCCUGCCCUCGGUCCUGGUGCUGCCCGAGGGGGGCACGGAGCCACCGCGGCCCUGA